AUGCCUCAUAAUAAAGUAGUUAAUCGGAUUUACAAGUAUAGGGGUAUUAUUAAAGAUGUUGCAACUAGGUAUUGUCAUAGUUUUGCAAUGACUGAUAAAUCUUCUGCACAAAUGGCUAAGAAUAUUCAAAAAAUUUAUGAUAAUCUUAAGGAGCCUCUCUCUUGGCCAAAUUGUUUUAAUUCUGAUAAGAAAACGGAAUAUAUGGAGAAUUAUAAGAGUUUAUUGCUUAAACAUGAUGUAAAAAUACAAUAUGGCAAAAGCAAGAAAGAUAAUGCUAUAGCUGAACGUGAUCAUAAAGAAUUUGAAAAGCAUUCUGGUAUUCAAUAA